AGUAAGCCAGUGAGCUUGUGAGCAGACGUGAAGGGUGAUUUAGACCUUCGCGGUUGGACUAAGCACGUUGCUCGGGUGAGCAGGUUUUAUUUGACUGAGUGGAGCUAGGAGUUCCACCAAAAUCCCCGGUUGUGGAGAUCAGUCCUAAGCCGGCUUCAAAUCCUGGAUUUGUGUACAUCUAUUGCAGAUCAUCACUGAACGUUGCUCGUCUGCCUUUGGUGCGAGGGACCCCUUCCCCUGGCUCUGCUUGACACCAAUUUUCGGAUUGGCAUGCAUUAAGCCUUGCCGACCGUGUUCGUCUGACAGGAUUCCCACUUGUUCUUUAGACACCUCGCUGAUCCGAUUAAUCCGUCCACCUAACUACGUAAACCCGUCUCCGAACGAACCGGAGUUCGUUCAUCUGGUGCUUCGAAUUGGAUUCCAAAGUGGGCAUUAACAGUGAUAGAAUUGCGGUGUCCAACGUUCAAACAAUGGCCUCGCUACACACGAAUGCGGCACCAUCAAUGUGCAGAUAUGGUGGACUUCCGACUACUGAGUCUUUUCCCUCUGCUUACAUGCCUUUAGCAGUUUUCGAUUGUUCUAUGAGUUCUCCGCCAGUCAAACGCACCUCCGGCGCUGCCAACAACGAGUCUGCACAUCACAACCUUCAGCUCCCAACGGACACAGCAACACUCAGUCCCGUUGCACCAUCUUUAAAGUUUCUCGCAUCAAAGAAGAUCCCAGCCUACCUGUUUGAAUGCGGAACCUCGGACAAGUGCUCCGUCCGCCAAGAUGACUAUCCCAGGGCACCGCAUGUCAAGCGGGAGUGCAAAUUCCACUCGGCAUCAUGCCAUCGACUGGCAAAAGUGGCGCAUUCCUCCUGCACUGAUGGGAAACAUAUUUUCUGCGCCUCAGAACCUGAAAUCCCCUGUUCCUCAAAAACUGGUGGACGCCUAGGAGCACAAACGAAAUCCAACAAAACCAAUGAGGCUAGUCAAGUGUUGCAUGCGUCGUCUCGGGGUCAGUUAAAUAAACGGCAGCGUAGACAAAGAACUCAUUUCACAAGUCAACAGCUGCAGGAGCUGGAAGCCACCUUCGCUCGAAACCGGUAUCCUGAUAUGAAUCUACGGGAAGAAAUUGCUUCGUGGACGGAAUUGUCAGAAACCAGAGUUCGAGUCUGGUUCAAAAAUCGGCGUGCAAAGUGGCGCAAACGCGAACGACACCUCGACGUGGUGUUACGAGGACCUUUACCAAAUCCAUUUGCACCUCUGAUCCGGUCCGGUAUGCCAGGCUUUGACCCCGGUACGGGCCAGCUGGACUAUUUUUAUGGUUCAGGGCAGAAUACAUUUCCUUCUUCCAUAUUUAACCCACCCUCAGCUAUUCCAACUUCAGCGACUCGUGGCCAGCCGUCGCAAUCCUCACUCAAUGCUGCGGCCAACUCUUACUCUCUUGGUUCGGCAGCGUACGGACACGUAUUGUCGUCCCCCAGUCAGUUGGGGAGUUCCUCAUUAUUUCCUUCUAUGAUUCCUUAUUUGUCAUCCACUCGUGGGGAAGUGCGAGAGUUACCAUGCUACUCUGAUGCUACUUCGACCACCAGUGCUCAGAAACUCACGCUAAACGCACCCGGGAACGACGCGACACAGUAUUACGGUGAUGGUGCAGGGGCUGCAUUCAACCUACCCUUCGCGCAAACCAAUUGCAACUCUCCCCGUCUGUCUGGACUGACGUAUCCUUCCUCAGAUAUCAGUAUGCCUAAUAUGGAGCUCAAUGCUGCUGCGUUUGCCGCAUCAAACGUCUUCAACACCUAUUCCUCAGUGAUCCACAACAUGAGCCCAUCGGGCCUAUUCGAUCUGACGGCUUCCUCAACAACGCCGUGUCCCUUUAUACAGGCUGGCUGCCCACGUGUUUCACACAGGUCGUUCGAACCCGUACUGUCCGCUACUCACUUGGUACCUCCAGAGCAGUGCAUCCAUGAGUAUCCCUUCACCACACAUACAGCAGCAUCAUCCGCUAGACAAGAGCUCAAUGUAGCUGCAGCUGCUGCGUGUAUGGCUGCUUGGUCGUCAGCCAAACCAUCACUACCAGAGGAGAUUGCUCGCGGCGGAGGACACAAAUCGCGACCCUUGGCUGUAUCAAGUGACUCCCGAUCCUAUCUGUCCUGUCCAACCUACUUCACAGAUGAACUCAUCAAACAACCUUCGCUGGGAAUCAGCGAAGGUGCAUCGAACCGUGCCUAUGUUCAAAGUGAAGUGGAACAGUUGACUUGUGAAGAAGUUGCGUUCGAUUUUCCAAAAUAUUCUCCUCUUGGCCCAGCAAUCCACAAUCAAAGAGUGGAAUCUGGUAGCACAAUGGUACGCCCUUCCAUAGGCAACUCCGCGUUCUUCCCCACAUUAGACGGAACUGCGUGCACUGACAUGUUUUCAACACCGCGUGAGUUAGCCGUCUUGGAACAAUCGUUUUCUCAAGAUUAUCCAUCGGAACAACAAGGUCUCAAUCUGAAAGUUGAGGACUCGUCUCACGCAGUACCAACAAAUCCCUAUGCUACUGUAGACUUGACUCAACAAAAAAGCUUUCCUCUGCUCUCUACCGCUGCGAUGAUGGCCGCGGCUGCUGCAAGAGCCAGUUCCUCUUCCUCUUUAAAUGAUUUCCCUCCCAACAGCGGUUUAUUACAAUGGAAUGUGAAGCGGAGUCUUUUAGAUGAACUGGAUUGCGGCAAGAACAUCGACCUGAAACGUGUUCCAUACGCCUCGAGUUUUGUUAUGACGGGUGACCACCAGCCAGUUUUUGGAACUCCUGAGGUGCUGAAGCAUACCAUCGCGGACGGACGUGGCUCAAGAAUCUUGAACACUUUGGACCAGCCAGUUGGGCCAGAAGACAGCUCGUCCCACUGGGCCUACACGUUUGAUAAAUUUUUUACUGAUCCUAAGGCGCCCUGUUCACAACUGAAGCAGUCGCUUGCUCCAUUAAACGAGAUUGCGAAAGUUAACUCAGUGUCCCCACAGAACUACGGACCAAUGUGAAUGCUAUCAGCCACGCCGGAAUACUGUGUGAAGUCACACAUUGGCGCCCAUCAAUUCGGUUAAGGUGCACAUUCCAAGAGAAAAUUUACAACUGCCAAAAUUGAUCGCAGAUGAGGGGACACGGGGUCUCCAUACACAGAUGGCUACUGACUUAUGAGUUUAUGUUCUUUCUCUCGCUUACUUUUUUGCAUUAAAUGUUGUUUUCAACUCUGG